UCUCGCGCUCUCUCUCUCUCUCUCUCUCCCUCUCCAGGCUGCGCCUCAUUGGUGUGUCCUGAUUCUCUUUUUCCAUUAGGCUCCAGGCCCAUUGGUCGCCUGCCUUCCAACCAUUAUCUCCUCUCCUCCACCCCUCUGUCAUCCUUUCUCCCUCUCGCUCUCCCUCCUUCCCUCAUUCCCAGUCAUCUCUCAAGUCGUAAAAAUGAUUUGCAUGCAGGAGGAGAGCAGAACUUUGCAGUGAGCACAGUAAGUGAAUUGGGAGAGAGUAAGGGACAGAAGUAAAGGAAAGACUGAAAAAGGAGAGGAAGCGCAUUCUGGAGAGCAGGAGGAAAAGUUUAAAAAGAAGACUGCAGUUGAAAAUGAGUUUGGAGGAGACGUGGUGAGCCGUUCCUCUCCAGCUGAACGUCAGUAGGUCACGGUGGAAGCAGAGGUCUGGACCAAAGAGCUGUCUCAACCCCAAACCCUUUCAGAUGGAGGUGGAUGCAGACGAUAAGCGCCAUCGAACACGCUCCAAAGUGCCUGUGGAUCCAGCAUUAACAGAGCUUUUCAGUGUGUACGGCUGCCCCCUGGCCAAGAAGAGAAAGAGUCUAGACAGGCAAACCCUGGAAACCUCCCCCAAGAGGAGCACCUACCUAGAUGACAUGGACAACUCCACCAUGGAGGAGUGCUACGAGACAGAUGGGACCGAGGAGAUGGACGACAGGGAGGAAGAGGAGGAGGAGGAAGGGGCGGUAGAGGAGGAGGAGGAGGAAGAGGGAGAGGUGGAGGAGGAGGAAGAAGAGGAGGUGGAAGGCUAUAUGGACUACAACGUAGAGCAAAUGGAGCACGAAGAUGGGGAGGUGGAGAGAGGGGACGGAGAAGGUGAGGAAGAGGAGGAGGAGGAAGAAGAGGAGGUAGAGGUAGAGCAAGAAGAGGAGGAAGAGGGCGAGGAGGAGCGGGUGGAGGAGGCAGAGGAAGAGGAGGAAGCAGUAGAGGAGGUGGACUAUGAAGAGGGAGAGGAGGAGGAAGGAGAGCAGAGUGGUGGCGGCAGUGCCAAAUCCGGCCCGACGACGGAGAAGGACGACAACAACAACGACGAGUACGAGAACUACGAUGAACUCGUGGCCAAGUCCCUUCUCAACCUGGGCAAGAUCGCGGAAGACGCCGCCAACCGAGCCAUGACAGAAUCUGAGAUGAACAGCAACUCCUCUAACAGCGAAGAGGAAGAGGAGGAAGAAGAAGAGGGGGAAGGGGAUGAAACACAGAGGGGUGAUCUGACUUUGGACGUUGACAGUGAUGUGGUUCGGGAGACGGUGGACUCCCUUAAACUUCUGGCACAAGGUCACGGUGCAGUAUUGUCAGACAAUUUAGAUGGACAGGAGUUUGAGGACAGUACAGCCGGGAAUGGGGAUGAAAAUGACUGUACUCACAAUGGGGGAAACGCACAUAAUGGUGGUAAUGGACAAGUUAAUAUCAAUAGUAACGGACAAAUAGAAAACAGCGACGAGGAAGUGUGUCUAAGCAGUCUGGAGUGCCUAAGAAACCAAUGCUUCGAUCUUGCUCGGAAACUAAGCGAAACAAAGUCCACUGACCGAAACGGACCAUCCCAGCAAAAUCAUUUUUCAUGCGGGGAUCCCAAUCAACAGCCCCAGCAUCACAGCUAUGGGGAUUUCCACCAUAGUCAAGAUGACAGACGAACGCUUGAUAGGAACUAUUCCGACAUGGACAACCUCAUGAAGCUUGAGGAGCAGCUGAGCCCACGCUCCAAGGCAUUCUCCAGUUGUGCGCAGGACAACCGAUACCACACCAACCUCCGGGACUUUGAUGAGGACACAGCUUCCGUGACGUCGGACCGGUCAGAAGAAGUGUUUGACAUGACGAAGGGUAACCUGUCCCUGUUGGAGAAGGCCAUUGCACUAGAAUCAGAACGUGCCAAGGCAAUGCGGGAUAAAAUGGCGGCCGAGGCUGCCAGGAGAGACGGGGUGAGGUAUAACCAUGAAGACCAUGGCCCGCGGCAUGGCUACGGUGUUGAGCGUAAAGCCCGGCUUCCUGACGGCAUGAAGAAGCCAUUCUACCAUAAAGAUGCUUCACGUGCAGACAAGAAGGAAAGUCGAUGUCCGACACCAGGCUGUGACGGCACGGGCCACGUUACAGGCCUCUACCCCCACCAUCGGAGUCUGUCCGGCUGUCCGCACAAAGACAGGGUGCCUCCAGAAAUUGUGGCUAUGUAUGAGAAUGUUCUUAAGUGUCCUACGCCUGGCUGCACGGGACGUGGCCAUGUCAAUAGCAACAGAAACUCCCACAGAAGUCUGUCAGGAUGUCCCAUUGCUGCAGCUGAGAAGCUGGCCAAAGCCCAGGAGAAGCACCAGGGCUGCGACGGCCCCAAGUCCAACCAGGCCUCUGACCGAGUCUUAAGGCCUAUGUGCUUUGUCAAACAACUGGACUAUCCACAGUAUGGUUACAAGAACAAUGUUUCCACCAGCACGCCCCGCUCCAACCUGGCCAAGGAGCUGGAGAAGUACUCCAAGACCAGCUUCGACUACAGCGCCUUCGACGGCAGUAACAACCACCAAGUGUAUGGGAAACGGGCCAUCGCACCCAAAGUUCACGGACAAAGAGACACCUCCCCCAAAGGAUAUGACGCCAAACGUUACUGCAAGAACUCCAGCUCGGCCAGCAGCACCACCAGCACCUACGCUCCCAGCAGUAGCAGCAGCAGCCUGAGCUGUGGGGGUGGAGGAGGGGGCGCAGGAGGAGGCAGAGGGGGCGGGGGCAGCAGCGCCAGCAGCACCUGCAGCAAGAGCAGCUUCGACUACAGUCACGACAUGGAGGCCGCCCACAUGGCAGCCACGGCCAUCCUCAACCUGUCCACGCGCUGCCGGGAGAUGCCCCACGGCAUGGGGGGGAAGCCCCAGGACCUGUGCUCGCAGAGCCCCGGUCUAGAUGUUGAUGAGAACGGUACGUUGGACCUGAGUAUGAGCAAGCGUCUGUGCAGUGGUGGCGGAGGGGACUCGGUGCUCACACCUCUAGAGCCCAUGUCCCCCCAGAGGCAAGCUGCCCUGCUGGGCUCCCGCUGCUACGGCAUGGGGGACGCUGCUGACUGCUGGGACCUGCCUGUAGACUACACCAAGAUCAAACACAUAGACGAGGACGAGAAAGAGCCGGAUGAUCUGGACCCCUUCCAUGACCUGCUGGAGGACCGCUCCUACACCACAGAUGUGAACAUGCCCAGCCCCAAACCCAAGUAUGUCCAGUGCAAGGAGAGUAAGAAGGACCUGAUAACUCUCUCAGGUUGUCCUUUAGCUGAUAAAAGCAUUCGAAGUAUGCUGGCCAACAACGCGCAAGAGCUCAAGUGCCCGACACCAGGGUGCGAUGGUUCGGGACAUAUCACUGGCAACUACGCCUCACACAGAAGUCUCUCAGGGUGUCCGCGGGCCAGGAAAAGUGGGAUAAAGAUCAUCCACAGUAAAGAGAACAAGGAGGACCAGGAGCCUAUCAGGUGUCCAGUCCCAGGUUGUGAUGGCCAGGGACACGUGACAGGGAAGUACGCAUCCCACAGAAGUGCAUCGGGAUGCCCCAUAGCAGCCAAGAGACAAAAGGACGGCUACUUAAAUGGCAUCCAGUUCACGUGGAAGUCUGGAAAAACAGAGGGCAUGUCCUGCCCCACGCCAGGCUGCGACGGCUCGGGUCACGUUAGCGGCAGCUUCCUGACACAUCGGAGUUUGUCGGGUUGUCCACGUGCCACCUCCGCCAUGAGGAAAGCCAGGCUCUCCGGGGUGGAAAUGCUAACAAUAAAGCAGCAACGUGCCAGCAACGGACUGGAGCACGAAGAGGAGAUCAAACAGCUGGAUGAAGAAAUCAAAGAUAUAAGUGAAUCAAAUUCACAAGUGGAAGCAGACAUGAUCAAACUCAGAACACAGAUCACAACAAUGGAGUCCAACCUGAAGUCCAUAGAGGAGGAAAACAAGGUGAUUGAACAGCAAAAUGAAUCUCUCCUGCAUGAGCUGGCCAACCUCAGCCAGUCACUGAUUAACAGUUUAGCUAAUGUCCAGCUCCCUCAUAUGAAACCACUGGCACACAAAGAGCCUCCUCUAAGGAAUAACAGCUGCUUACAGAUGCACCAGCAAGAGCCAAUAAGCGAGCAGAACUUUGACGCCUACGUCACCACUCUGACAGACAUGUACACAAACCAAGACCAGUACCAGAGCCCAGAAAACAAAGCCCUGUUGGAAAACAUCAAGCAAGCAGUUCAAGGGAUUCAAGUGUAACCAUUGAGCAAAGGGAGAUUUUUGUUCCCCCAGCAGGUGUGGCUGAUGUAUCAAAUCCACAUACAAACAGGCAGUGAUGGUUCGGUGCAGUAACUUAUAUAGUGUUAUAUAUUCUCAAUUCUGUUCUCUCAAAAAAAGAGGUGUGAUGCGUAGAAAGACCUCGAGAUAAUUUCUUUCUUCGUUUCUUUCUUUUCUUUUCGGGCCUUGCUUUGAGGAAAAACAUAAAAGAGUAAAUGGCAAAAUAGUUUUUGAGGACAUUCACAUUUUGUACGUUUUCAUAUGAGCUGACAUAGUGUCAUGUAAUGUUUCUAGCUGCUCAUGUAUGCACAUUUUUAGUGUAUAUUUCUGAACAGUAAGCUAAUGAUAAUGGAACGUGAGUUCUUUUUAUUGCUUGACAAAAAAGCAUUUUAGAUGAAAAAAAACUGGACAGUGAAAUAAAAAUGAAAAAAACUACAAGCAAGGAGGAAGCUACAUAUUUUUCUCCUCACUGGAUGAUUUUGGACUCAAUGAUUUUAGAUGUUUUUUCUUCUUCUCUUCUUCUUCUUCUUCUUCUUGCGUGUAGAUUGUUCAAGAGCAAGAACUGGUUUGCGGAUCGCUUUAUUUUCUGACAAUGCUUGAGAAACGUUUGUGUUUUGUUUUGAUGGAAAAAAAAGAUGUGUAGCUGUAGGUGGGGGCAUUUUUAAUUGGUGCUGUAAAUGAAUCCGGAGAGGAAACUGACCUGAUGUAUGUAUGAAUGUAUGUAUGAAUAGUUAUAUUGUAAACAUCAUUACACGGAAACCCGAUGGUGGAAAUCCCAUUAUCUAGGAGAGCCAAUUAAUUCCUAGAGGAACACAUCUGUGCGGUGCAUGCAUGUUCACAUGCUCAUCCUUAACUAAUCUCAAAUAGAAACAAUGUGUAAAGACAAUGACCUAUAGAGACCACAUUCUAGCCUUUCUAGUAUCAAAUCUGCGCAAUUCCAAGACUUGUGUUGCUAGGGUCAAGAAAUGUCUCAGCAAUAUAAUAACUAAAUCAUUUGUUUAUAGUCGGUACGGGAUGCAAUCUGCAAAGGAAAAAAAAAAAAGGUUGGGUAUAUGCAAUUUCUUGUUUAUAAGCAUAGCGGGGUGACAUGAAUCUUUUUAAUAUAACCUAUGUAAAAUAUUGAUUUUUAUACAAAUCUUUUAAUACAAAAAGUCUUUUUAAAAAAGAGGAGGGAACCUGGACAUUGAGUUUUAGAAGUGAAAGUAUAUGAGUUCCACUUUUUUUCUGUACAAUUUUGCACAGGGACACCUUCGUUUCCAUGUUUUGAUGUUCUUACAGAAACUAAAAGCAGUACCCGAGAGCCUAAAAGGAGGGUUUCAGAGGGUUUUGUAAAGAGUAUUUAUAGAGUAUGACAGCAGGACUUACAGGGUCACUGUCCCCACUUAUGUGCCAGUAGACUAUUUGCACUUGUCCUUGAAGAUAUUAUCCUUACGUACGGCGGCGUGCAAUUUUCCAGAUGACCUCUUUGGCACACGAUUGGAGCAACCAACUGCUUGGAGCCACUGUAGGCGUGGAUUUAGUACCACUGAGAGUGGAAGAACAGGGACUUGAAAUCAGAGAAGAGGAUGAUUAUAACCAUAGCAGUUAUACUGUAGGCUAUUAUCAAGUGUAAAAACAUUGUUCUUUCAUUUUUUUUGCUAUGUUUUAGGAAGAUGAAGUUAUCCCCCAGCAGCACUUUAUAUCUAAUCACUGUACAAAGGAUUAAAUAGUCAAUCAAUUCAAGGUUUUAAAAAAAGCUGAAGAAAUGGUGAAACGAGACCUUCGAGGGGUGAUACAAUCCAGCGUCGUGCCCGUAUGCCUGACUGUAUGCACCCCUCCAUUCUGUUGUUCUAGUUGUUAGCGAUCAUGUUCAGAAUUGCCUUUUCGAGAGCUAAUGCAAAAGGUGCUUGUCCUUCACCUGAUUGAAUCUCAUCUAUUGUACUUUACUGUCCUCUUUCAGGACUCUACUACCCAUCAUCCAUGACUGCAUACGCCUUUUUCCACAGCAUCGUGUCUGCAGCUUUUUGCCAAUAUAGUAAUGCUUCAGUAGAGUAAUAGCUAGUACCAGUUUUUGAAUUAAUUCUCAUUAUCAGUAAAAAGGGAAAAGGGAUUUUAAAGCACAAACCGGCUGCUCAUCUGAUGUUGGUACAUAAAUAACAAAUCUGAAUAGAGUUAUCUGUGACUAUCUAUAGGGAACACAAAAAGGUCGUCACAUAUUUAGAAAGCUGACUUUUCAUAUAAAUUAUUGUGAAUUCAUCAGAGUUUAUUAUUUUAUUUGAGCCAGUUCAUUUUGAGAUUGUUUUCAGUGACCAUUAACAAAGACAGGAUUUUGUAUAAACUAUUGUGCUCUCUGUGGAACUGAAGUUUGAUUUAUUUUUGUACUACACAGCAUGGAUUUGUUGACAUUUUAAUUUUGCUAUAAAUGUGUGAGAUCACAAGUUGCUGUGAUAUUUCAUUUAUAAAUUGUGAACUUUGUACAAUUUUUGUCAUGCUGGAUGUUGACACAUCUUACUCUGAAUAAAGAAAAAAUGUGUUGCCAGA